AUGCACUCCUCAAGCCCAUCUGGCUCUACGUCGCAAUAUGGCGAGGCCGUCCAUGUUCCACUCAUCAAAUCGCCCAGCCUUCGCGUUCCCAAACUUGUACAAGUGCCACCAGACAUCCACCCCCUUCCAGACUCGGUCACGGCAUACUUUGUCUAUCCAUACACUCUAGAAGAACAUAUCAUAACUUUAGAGAACAAACGACGAUCGACGCUCGCAACAAACGACGCCCAGCGCCUCGCCGUCCUGCAGAGACAUGAGCACAAAAAGGAACAACAGCGUCUAGAGUUGGAGAGAAUUAAGCGCCUCCAGCAAGAAGAACAGGAGCGUAUACGGAAAGAACAGCUGCGCAAAGUAGCGCCAGGCUUUGAUCCAAGCGUCGGGGCGUUAGUCCCAAAGAAAGUUGGUGCAGCUGCGAGUACAGACGCUUCAACAUCCUCUUUGAUGCUCCCACCGCCGCCGCCUCCAGCAGCACCCCAGAGAGACGUGAUGGCAGACUUGGUUGACCAACUGGCGGCACUAGAUGCGGCCCAUUCAUGA